AUGGCGAGCGAGGCCGAACUGCUUGACCUUGACCAGCUGAAGCGCUGGGAGCUCGCGCUGACCAUCCCCGUCCACCUGGUCGUUGCCGGCCUCGGGCUGGUCAGCAACGUCAUCAACAUCCGGGUCUUCCUCAGGCUCGGCCUCAACAACAGCAUGGCCGUGGGCGUGUUCAGCUUGUCCUUGACCGACCUCCUGAUCACGUGCCUCCAGCUGGGCGUGUCCUCGUGUUUCCUGGCCCACUACCUGUGCCCGGCCAGCCCCCUGGAUCUGUGGAACCUGGGCACGUUCACCAUUGGCUGGCUGCGGUACGCCUGCUACUACAUCUCCUGCUGGGUCACCACCAUGGUCGCCGUCGAGAGGUGCUUCUGCGUCGUCUCCCCUUUCAAGGUCAAGGCCAUGUUCACGCGCGCGCGCUGUGUGUUCGUUGUCAUGGUGAUCUACAUUGCGCAUAUCGGACUCGUUCUUCCGGUGUACGUUAUCCAGCGAUUGGAUUGGAUGAACAGCUCUGAGAUUCUGACCAAUCAUAGCUCGUCUAUUUAUAAACGUGUCCUAGCCGUGGACUACAACGACCAGUCCGCACAAGCGGAAGUGAUCAUCGACACGCUAGGGGCCGUAAGUCUGUCCAUCCUCUCACAAGUUAUCCUCCUUGUCUGCACCUUCUGGAUGAUCUACUCAUUAAAAUCAUCCACAACCGUGCGUCAGAUCAAUACUGACUCCGUGCGUCAGCUCGGCAAUGACUCCAACCUCCCGGCGUCUCACAAACUCUCAAAACUUUCUGACCGCGAGAAGCGUCUGGUCAAGGUCGUGCUAUUUUUAGCCCUGGUCAUGACGGCCUGCAAUGUGCCCAGGUUUAUCGGACUAGCGGCCCACCACCUCAUCCCCGGCCUUAACGGCGGCGACUACCGGCACUUGAAUGGCUUCAUCUGGGACGUGUCCGACUUUUUCGGCACCUUGAACUGUUCCAUGAACCUAGCCGUGUACUGGAUGCUUAACUCUAAGUUCAGAAACUGUCUGAGAACGCUGUGUGGGGGGCGGGCAGUAACUGUCUGA